CAUGACAGCUACCCUACAGGCAGCCCUGAAAUAUCCCCCCAUCAACACCAAGAGUCAGGCGGUGAAAGCUCGAGCAGGCAGCAUCGUCUUGAAGGGGCGCACCUCUUUUAAAGCUAAUGAUAUUGAAAAGGCUGUUCAAUCCCUGGACAAGAAUGGUGUGGAUCUUUUAAUGCAGUACAUUUACAAAGGCUUCCAGAGCCCUCGGACAGUGGCAGUGCCGUGUUAUUGCAAUGGCAUGGAAAGACACUUGCUGCCAGAGGAGUGGGGUCCAUUGUUUGAGUGUGGACUGCAAGGAAAAACGUGUAGUCCAGCAGGGUCUGGGUCUCUCCUGUGGGUGUGGGAGUUGCUGGUACAAAGACCAAAACAACCAAACGCCACUGUGGCCCUUGGCAGUGUGGUACAUGAACAGCGCUACCGAGUUCCAGCUUUGUUUGUGCUUAUCUCAAGGUCACGUGAGCUUAAGUAUGUCCCUUCCUCUCUGCAUCCAUUAAGCAUGGCCUCUCAAUUUCUCAAUGGUCUCCAGGGUCCAGAGCAAGAAGUCUUGCUCUACAAAAAUGUAUCUCUGAAAUGCCAGAGCCUGUUUGGCAUGAGCAUAAAACUUUGUUCUAAUAAUAUGACCCUAUUUGGGGAAACUACUCCAAAUCAGAAAAAGUGUGAAAACUUUGAUGAAGUUCAAACUCUGGACAGCCUCUGA